AUGGAGAACCGAGUGGCGGGCGGCAAGUACCGGGCGAUCGAGCGAAUCGGUGGGGGAGCCUUCGGCGAGGUAUACAGUGGCAUUUGCGUGGAGGACAACACCGAGGUGGCCAUCAAGAUUGAGCCACACGAUUCGAAGAGCCCGCAGCUGGCGAACGAGGCCAUAGUGUGCCAGAAGUUGGGCGACAGUCGAGGGUUUCCCACCUUCUUUUACUACGGCAGCGAGCAGAACUUCAAGGUCAUGGUGGUAGAGCUCCUGGGGCCAUCGCUGUACGAUCUCUACCUCAAGUGCAGCCGCCACUUUUCCCUGAAGACCAUCCUGAUGCUCGCCAGCCAGAUGAUGGCCCGGCUGGAGGCCAUCCACGCCAUCGGAUACAUCCAUCGCGACGUCAAGCCGGAGAACUUCCUGAUGGGACGGGGCGACAAGUGCAACAAGGUGUUUCUGAUCGACUUUGGAAUGUCGCAUCCUUACAGGGAUUUCGCCACGAACAAGCAUAUUGUCUAUUCCCCGACGUGCUCUAUAUUUGGCACCUUGCGCUUUUUAUCCGUCCGUGCCCAGAACGGCAACGAGCAGUCGCGUCGCGAUGACCUGGAGUCCCUCAUGUACUGCCUGAUAUACUUCUACAAGGGCCUGCCGUGGAUCGGGCUCUCCGCCGCCAGCGACAAGCAGAAGACUGAGAUGGUCGCAGAGAUGAAGAGGAGCACGAAGAUCGACGAUCUGUGCGGCGGGUUUCCGCCCAUGAUCGCCAUGCUCAUGAAGUACAUCCGCAACCUGCGCUUCGAGGACGAACCCGACUACGUGUACAUGCGCAUGAUGCUCCGCGUCCUCUCUCUGGAUCUGGCCUACGUGUACGACCUCAGAUUCGAUUGGACCCAGCUGGAGGAGCAGCAAAACAGAGACCAUGAGUCAACGGAACCAGAAUCCACGGUACAGUCUUCCUCUGUCUACAGGUCUUGCCUCAACAGCCCAGAUGUAGGUGUUUGA